AUGGGAGAUUCGAGUCCAGCCACGUCCAUUAUCGAGGGCACUGUCAAAUUUCGCGACGGGAAAAAGUGGAAGUCGCGAUGGUGUGUCAUGAGGAAAUUGUCACCAGUUGCAGAUUGCGUUCAUCUGCAAUUAUAUAAGGACUUAAAGGAGCGACAGAAGAACGGACAGACUAAAGCAUCGCUUUCACUACAACAGUACCUCGGCUUUGAGUCUGGAUUUACACUUGAUAAAGAAUCCAACACUCUCGCCAUAUUAUGUGAAGACGUAGUACCUGUACUGGCGUUUGAUACGAGGGAGAUCUUAAUACAGUGGAGAGUAAAGGUGCAGCACAAUCUAGGCAGUAGUAAGGAAUUUGCGGCAGUGAUCAUAUCGGCCCCAUCCACUACAGGGAUCAAGGCUGGACCAGUGAGGCUGCACGCGUGUGGACCGAGAUUAGCGUUGUGCGCUUCUCGACCACCUGAAGUGCUGGCACUUUGGGAUAUCAAAUUGUUAAGGAGAUUUGGUAUGGUAGAUAAGCGGUUUUGCGUCGAGGGUGGUUCCCGUUGUGGCAAGGGCGCCGGCUUGUUUGUGUUCGCCGCAGAAGGUGGCAGGGAACUUACGGAACUCCUCAAUAUUUAUACUCACGAGGCACAUUCACGUCUUAGUGUUGCUUCUAGAAGUGGAUCAGUUCUAGAAAAACGUUAUUCCGACACCAGUUCUUGUAUGGACGACUGCUUCAAUCAAUCUAUGAGGUCCGUGUCUCCUUCGUGGGCGGGUCCCGCGAGUCAGACUAUGCACUGCUUAUCAGAUUUAGACACAAGUCUAGACAGCAACGAGGAUAAGUUCAGAAGGCCUACAUCCUUGCCAAGAUGUUCCAGUUGCAUCGGGAAGAUUAGUCAUUUGACAAGGUCUUCAACAAUGAACACCCCUGGCUCUAUCAUGUCGCCUGUAUGGACAAUGGAAAAUAUUAUGGAGAAACGUUCAGAUUCUGAUCGUGCCUCAAUAUACUCCCGUUCAAGCGGGAGUGCCUCAGAAUAUUCUGUACCUCGCAGUGCUUGUCUUGACAAAAGCUUUGAUUCUAAACGAGCCAGUCCUAUCUGCUGUACGCCAAUUGUGCCAAUCAAAACUGGCAAUACUUGCCAAUGUUGGCAGCAACCAAAACCCUGCUGCUGCAAGAAGAAGACGUUUAAUGGACCUUAUGAAAAUUAUGACGUGCCAAAGACACCUAUGCCUUUAAUUCAGGAGCAUCCAGUAGAUACGAGCUCUGACGCAGCAAGCCUCUACGAUACACCAAAGAAACUAAAAUGUCUCAUCGGCCAGUCUUGUAACUGCGCCCUACAAACAAACGAAACCAAAAACAAUGACAACCAAACAGAAGAAAUAUGUGAUAAUAGUGUAACUGAAACCAAUUCAAAUUACGUCAACAUCACCCCCAAUCCAAAAUCAAUAAUAGACUUAAGCAACUAUACAAACAUAGAUCGAGCUACAUUAGAUGAUUUUGAAAACUCCUUGCACAUUCUAAAAAAUGCUGGAUUUAGUCAGGAAGAGUUAGACGAGCUGGAAGACAUACCGGAAAAUGACGAUGAUAUAUCAACAGCCACCACAAACACUGUGCAUCCAACAGAUUGUUGUAACGAUAUAAAUUAUAUGCAUUUAGAAAUUGAAAACAGCUGUUCAAGUAACAGCAAAAACUUUUCGGACAACAUUAGCAGGAUAAGCCACGUUUCUGAUCCUACACAUUCUGAUACUGAUAACACUAUCAGUACAAGGCGGUCUAGUUCCGCUGACUUUACCAAGCGUCAAGACGAUGAAUUUAGUAUAAAUGGCAGAAUUUGCUUCACACCGACAGUGAUUCGACGAACAUGCAAAACUAAUUGUAUCAAUGAAGGUGUGCCUUUAAGAAUUGAUUGUGAAAAGGAAAAAUUUAAGUCGCCUGAACCAAAAACUGAGAAUAUUUUGGUCGCCAGAUUUAGGGACGCUGUAAAGAUCCGCAGAUCAUCAAGCGUUCCGAGCAAAUCAGAUAAAAAUAGAGACUCGUCUAGUUCUAACGACUCGGGCGUGUCCACUGGUUCUUUGAAACAUCACAAGGGAGAUUUCAAUGAAUUCGAAAUGCCGGUUACUAGUUCGAAAUCGUGCAAAAAACAUAAGAACAAGUCGUUCAGAAACACUCUAACCCCAUUGCAUGGACCAUUUCUUAAAUCAAACUCAUCUGAUCCACUAAAAAAUUUGACAUUCCAAUUUGAAGAAGUCUCAACUAUGACCAAAUCGAAUUCCUGUGAGGUAGACACUUUGACUAGACGAAAGAAGAGAAUAGGAGAAACAGACUCAACUGUGAGACACAGUCAAAUGACCAACAAAAGCACAUCAUCAGGUGCGUCCGAUACGUCCGAUUACAUGGAGUCUUUAUCCGUGUCUUCCUUCAGUUCUUGCGACGUUUCAGAUAGACACGUGACCAGACCCAGGUCUGGGAAAGAAUAUGCUAGUAUAGAUAGAACUGUGCUAGCCAUGUGUGAUGGGUCUAAUGUC